AGUUUUGCUGGCUCGUCCGGAGGUGCGGUGCCGGCUCCGCAGGCUCUUUUAAGUGUUUCUGGCUUGUCUGGCCCUUAAUAAUCCUGGAUAUUGGAAUGAAUCGUAAUUAUGGAUUAUAUUAAGCGAUCUCUGUUUCAAGAUUUCCCGUUUCUGGUCUAAAUUUUUAACUGAUUGGGCUUUGUGACGUAUGUGGCGCCACAUGGUGGCUGCCGGCCUGAGCAUACUGCAUGUGCGAUCUAUACAUUAGAAAGUACUUCAUACAGCAAAUGCUAAGUGUACAUUUCUUGUAAAGGAUGUUUGGUGAUGUGAAUGUGGUGGCUCUGCUGUGGUCCCAUUGGAUGGUCAGCAGCCUGUGUAAAUCUACUGCACAGAGGGCUGUUCGGCUACGCAUUGAGAAUCAAAUAUCUUGCAGCAUGUAUGCACUGAAGCUUUGCCUGUUAGUCCUGGCCACACUUUUGCAUCAUUUCAUUGUGAUGUCUUUUGCUGUUGUUUCAAUAUGAGGCUCUAAAAUUGGUGCUGGAGGUGGCAGUGGUGCAAGUUAAAUUCUCUUGUGCUGGUAGCCUACACAUUCCGCCACCAUGGGAAAGGAGAAGACCCAUAUCAACAUUGUGGUCAUCGGCCACGUCGACUCCGGAAAGUCGACGACCACCGGUCACCUGAUCUACAAGUGCGGUGGCAUCGACAAGCGUACCAUCGAGAAGUUCGAGGCUGAGGCCCAGCAGAUGGGCAAGGGCUCCUUCAAGUAUGCCUGGGUGCUGGACAAGCUGAAGGCUGAGCGCGAGCGCGGUAUCACCAUCGACAUCGCCCUGUGGAAGUUCGAGACGUCCAAGUACUACGUCACCAUCAUCGAUGCUCCCGGCCACAGGGAUUUCAUCAAGAACAUGAUCACCGGUACGUCCCAGGCCGACUGCGCCGUGCUGAUCGUCGCCUCUGGUGUGGGCGAGUUCGAGGCUGGUAUCUCCAAGAACGGCCAGACCCGCGAGCACGCCCUCCUUGCCUACACCCUGGGUGUGAAGCAGAUGAUCAUCGGUGUCAACAAGAUGGACACCACCGAGCCGCCGUUUUCCGAGGCCCGCUUCAAGGAAAUCGUCUCUGAGGUUUCCACCUACAUCAAGAAGGUCGGCUACGACCCCAAGACCGUGGCCUUCGUGCCCAUCUCUGGAUGGCACGGCGACAACAUGCUGGAGGCCAGUGACAAGAUGCCGUGGUACAAGGGAUGGGAGACCACCCGCAAGUCCGGCUCUGGCUCCGGCAAGACCCUGCUGGAGGCCCUCGACAACAUCGAGCCGCCGACCCGCCCCAGCGACAAGCCGCUGCGUCUGCCCCUGCAGGACGUCUACAAGAUCGGCGGUAUCGGAACGGUGCCCGUGGGCCGUGUCGAGACCGGCACCAUCAAGCCCGGCAUGAUCGUCUGCUUCGCCCCGUCCGGCCUGACCACUGAGGUGAAGUCCGUCGAGAUGCACCACGAAUCUCUGCCGGAGGCCUUCCCCGGCGACAACGUCGGCUUCAACGUGAAGAACGUCUCCGUCAAGGAGCUGCGUCGUGGCUACGUCGCCUCCGACUCGAAGAACAAGCCGGCGACCGGCUGCGAGGACUUCACCGCUCAGGUCAUCAUCCUGAACCACCCCGGUCAGGUGUCUGCCGGCUACACGCCCGUGCUGGACUGCCACACGGCCCACAUCGCCUGCCGGUUCGCCGACCUGCAGCAGAAGGUGGACCGCCGUACCGGCAAGGUGACUGAGGAGGCCCCCAAGUCGCUGAAGUCCGGCGACGCCGCCAUCAUCAAGCUGAUCCCCAGCAAGCCGAUGGUGGUGGAGACCUUCACCGACUUCCCGCCGCUGGGUCGGUUCGCCGUGCGCGACAUGCGGCAGACGGUGGCCGUCGGUGUCAUCAAGGGAGUCACCCCCAAGGUGGUGUCCGGCAAGGUGACCAAGGCUGCCGAGAAGGCCGGCAAGAAAUAGGUAUUUGCCCCCCACAUGGAUGCCACUUGUGAGACCGCAGGUGUUUGCUCUCCGUACCGUAAGAAGGAAGGCAUUUCGUUCUGUGUCACCGCCUGGCCAUUUGGCGAGAAAAAGCUUAACUGUUCGUUUUCUCUGUCUCAGUGGCUUAUGUCGCAUUGUCACCGCAAGGAGUUCCGGAGGAAAAGAGUAUGUGGAAACUAGCCCAUCAGUUUUUUAUCGACUGACCCAUACUCUGCUAUCCAUGUGAUUGUGUCACCUGGGCGUAUAAAUAAACCUAUGGACAAUACCGGG